UUAAUUCAAAGACUAUUUUUGGAAUUGUAUUAUUUUUUGUGUAACAUUGAAAAAAAUCUAUAAAAUUAAAGAUUUUAGUAGUGUACAUGUAGCAGCAACACUCCUGUGAGUUGUGUUAUUUCUUCCAAAUACAUUUUUUUAAAAAUAUGGCAAGACAGUGUUAGUUUAUUAUUCAAAAUCCAGUGUCAAACGUGAUUUACCUCUAAAAGGCACCAUCCUGCUGUGCUUCCAUUAAACCCAUUUGUAUUGUUCAGUCUUAAAUGUAAAAACGAGCAGAGACUAAAAACUGCAGCCAGAAUAAUAUUCAGUAGUUUAAAGCUGCUACAGAAAAAGCUAAUUAAAAUAAUGUAUGCGUGUUAUUUGGGCACCUUCAUGGAAUUAUGAUCAGCUCAUUAAUUGGCAUCGCUGCCGACACGUGAUCGCGCACGUCGCAGUUAAUGGGGGUUACGUGCGCGCGUACCAAAGCCCGACUCACAAAAGUAGCAGCUCUGCGGUGAGGUGGUCGCACAACUUCUGCACCAACACAACACGGAGGUCUGAGGGAAAGUUGCUCCGCGUCACUCUGCUGGUUCUCCUGGAUCAGAGUAAAGUUCAGUAAACAUGUUGGUAAAAGUUACUUAACGGCAUCAGAACACGGAGAGGAUUCAAUUAAGGAUUUCUGAGCUGCUGCUUAAGAUGACGGUGACAUAAGUUCACAUGUGUGGGUCCAGCCGUCGAGUUUCUCUCUCGGUGAAUUCCUCUCGAUGAGGAGCGUGUAGCUCGGAGCGACGGUGUCCACCGGGGACCGUGAACCCCCCGCGGCUCGCCGGGAUGAUGCGCCUGCUGAGCUGCCUGUUGCUGGGAUAUCUGACCUGGAAUCUGCGGAUAUCGGACGCGCAGGGAGAGUACUGCCACGGCUGGCUGGACGCUAAUGGGAAUUACCAUGAAGGCUUCCAGUGUCCGGAGGACUUUGACACCAUGGACGCCACCGUGUGCUGCGGCUCCUGCUCGCUGCGCUACUGCUGCGCCGCCGCGGACGCACGACUGGACCAGGGCAGCUGCACCAACGACCGGGAGGUGGACAACACCGAGUACGCAGCGCAGCCCGUCUACGUUCCCUUCCUGAUGGUGGGAAGCAUCUUCAUCGCCUUCGUCGUGGUCGGCUCGCUGGUGGCCGUCUACUGCUGCACCUGCCUGCGGCCCAAACAGCCGACCCAGCAGCCUAUUCGCUUCUCUCUGCGGAGCUGCCAGGGCGAGACCAUCCCCAUGAUCCUCACCACGGCUCCCCCCAGCCUCCGCGCCCCGUCGCGGCAGUCCAGCACGGCCACCACCAGCUCCAGCUCGGCCGGAGGAGGCAGCUCCAUGCGGAGGUUUUCUCUCGGAGGCCCGGGGCAGCAGCAGCAGCACGGCUGCCUGGUGUCUGCCACCGUCUCCUCGUCGGCCUCCACUCCCACUCAGACCCCACAGACUCUGCCUCCACCUCCACCUCCCCCCUACACAUCCCCACCAGCACCCACGGCGGGAGGCAUCCAGCACCCACUGCCCUCCACUCACACCCAGCUGCAGCUGCACCAGCCCUCUCACCCCUCUCAGAGCGCCAGCUUCCUUCUGCCCCAGCAGUACUUCUUCCCCCUGCAGCCUGACGCCUUCACAGCGGCGAAGGGCUUUGCCGACUUUGGACAGAGCUGACAGGGCUCUCAGGGGGAAAUAGAGAGAUUAUAAGGCAUUUUGGAGGGUAAGAUGUGAACCUAAACACACAGCAACACAGCUGUUGGUUUAAAAGACCAGCUGAAUGGACACAGAGGGAGGACGGGGGGUUAAGCGUGACAAAGCGUGGCCUGAAGUGCCACAUGGGACACAUCAGCAGACCCGUUGGACCAAUUUCUGAAAUAUAUGCACUUUUAUAUUGUUUUAUUUUCUAUACUUUUUGGUGGAAGUUCAGAGACUAGAAUCUUGACCAGUUUUCAUCCACCUUCCUAAAAAAACAGACUGUUCCUGUCACUCUGCUGGGCAUCGCUCCAUUAAUGCAGCUAUAUUAGACAUUGGAAACCAGGGAACUUUGUUUUUUGACAAUCGGAAGGCCCUCUGAAAGAGACAUUUUAUUUUGGAGGAAAUGUGGACUUCUCGAAGAUGUUGUACAGGUGUUAUACCCAGAUCUGGGUUGUCAUAUUGAUUGACUAAUUCACAGCUAAUAAAUUUCUUUCUGUAA